AUGCCUGCUUGGAGACAUAAACAGGUGGACAGUAAACAAACAAUGCAUACGUUCUUUGUCGGUGACUUGCACUUAUCGGCUGGUCAUAGGCGCUAUAUUAGUUACUUGCAGCAGUUACAAAGUGAAGGACGGGCUUAUGAUAAGACGGUGGUGGAUGGAUUGAUUGAACGAUUUAUUGAAGUGGCCAAUGAUAAUCAUCACAUUAAGGAAAUUUGUGCUAGAAGACGAGGCCUGGCACCAAGUGAGUUUGUUUCUAAGUCGCGGUUGCAGGCAGUGAUUGAUGCUAGUCGGGCUAUGGGUCAGGCAGAAGGCCGGGAGGAGUGUAUUGAAGAGAUCUUUGUUGGGGCUGUGCCUAAAGAGGAAAAAACGGCAUUGAAUCGGCAAUUGCUGCAAAUCAAAGAGGAGUUUUCGGCCUUAUCAGCCCACGCCUUGUCAGUGCUUUUGAUUAUAGCGGAAAUUGAGGAUGUUUUAGCCGAGGAACCAUUCAGCCUGGAAAAUGAAAAGAUUCGGGCGAGUGCGGUCCAAAGAAGAUCUGCCGGAAACAAGACCAUUGACUCUCCUGGGUCGGCCUCUGACUCAGUCUCCAAAUGUUCCGGUUCAAACGAGUAG